UUACUUUCAAACAUUAAAAUUAUGUUGUUAUAUAUAAUUUUUAUUUAUUUAUUCUAUACAAUCAAUUGCGAAGGAUGGUCCUAUAAUGAUAAAGCAAAUUGGGCAAGCUCAUUUCCGCAAUGUGGUGGUCAGUUGCAGUCGCCUAUAAAUAUAGAUAAGCGCACCGUUCGAUACGCACCGUUUGGAUUUUUCAUUGACAAUUACGACAGGACCUACAAUUUGCGCGUACAAAACAAUGGCGAUACAGCAGUUUUGACGUUUGCUAAUACGGGUGGUAAUAGACCCAGUUUACAAUUUGAUGACCAUAAAUAUAAUUCACCUAGAUACAUUCUGGAAAAUGUUCAUGUACAUUGGGGUAAAAGCUAUUUACAGGGAAGCGAACAUAGUAUUGACAAUCAAUUUGCAGCGGCAGAGUUACACUUUGUACACUACAAUCAAAAAUAUGGUAAUUUUCAAGACGCAGUCACACAAUCUGAUGGACUGGUAGUAGCAUCAGUGCUGAUGGCACUCACAUAUAACCCGAACAACAAUUUGGACUGGCUAAUUGGGGCAGUCAAACAUAUUAAUCCAUAUAAUUCAACAGUAUACAUAUCAAGUAACUCCAAUUUCUACCUGGAUAAUCUAUUGCCACGUGACCGGAGAUCAGUGUUCAGAUAUAGGGGUUCAUUGACUACACCGCCCUGUUAUGAGUCGGUCACUUGGCUUGUAUUUGAAACACCGAUCAAUAUUUGUAGAGAUCAGCUGAAUCAGUUUAGACAACUGCGCGAAAAAUCAACUAAUAAUGAAUCGGGACAUCCAUUACUAGACAAUAGACGGUCUAUUCAGUCAAACAAUGAUCGUAUUGUUCAGUCAUCUAAUCCCAAAUAUCAAUAA